AUGAGCUAUGUCGAUGCUCGACGGUGUGACGGGACUCUGCAAUAUGAGAAAACUUACCCUUGGGAGGAUGAACGUGGAUCUGCAACCGACCGUACAGUGGAAACUAAUGCAAAGGCUCAGCGCGUGUACGCGAUGCAACAGCAAUUGAUACCGACGCUUAAACUUGAACGUCCGCAGAAUACUGCAGCGAAUGAGCAUCUUAAGGAUGUGGGUCGGAGAGUGUUGAUACUUCGUGAAACCACAAAGAGGGCACAGGAAUAUUUAGAUCCCGAGAAGUAUCCAAAGCUUUCAAUGCCAAGUCAGUCGACUGAAUUAGACUCAAAUAAAGUUAUAGAAGUGGAAGAAGACUUCAAAGAGACAGAAAUGCGAAUCACUACUAUAUUAAUGGACCAGGAUUGGGAUACACGUGCGUGGAACUCGACCAAGAUACAGACUGCAAUCGAGACUUUAUAUGCACAAAUCGAACAUUCUGACGAUGAUUUUCGACGCGAGCUUGCCAUUUCUAUGCUUUUAAGGUUACUGAAAACUCAUGAAGACGCAAAGAAUCAUGUUGAAAUCUCGUUACCAGGUUUGGCAAGCAAAGCUUUUCGCACGUUUACAAAAGGCACGAAUAAUAUCAAAAUCUUUCGUAUGAUUCAGCUAGUUGCUGUGCUCGCCGAAUGGUUUGCUCAUGUUCUGUCAAAUGAAAACGUGGUGAGCAAAAUCAUAGCUUCUUUACUGCGUGAAACCGAGGUCUGCGCUCAAAUUUUACAGCAUCACUGGCGUGGCAGGUUGUUCAGGCGCGCAAUGGAUCGGCAGAAUUACGAUCUAAUCGUUCAAAGUCGCUUUCACUCGAUGCACAUGAUAAAACUGGUCGAAUUACGUCAUAAGCUUAAGCUUUUUCGAGAAGUAAAGCUGAGGCGUCAAGCUGACUUAAAGCCUGAAAGGAUCCGUCGGAUGGUGCUGUUAGAUCAGAGACAAAUUCUCAGCUCAGGCUUGCUCGUAUACCUGGCCGCGUUGAUUACUCGACGCCAGAAUCGUGAGACCAUUGAAUUGGUGAAAGGAAUUUUUGCGAGUAUUCUCGAAGGCCAUAGAAAUGAACACAUUGUAAAUAUUCUCCAAUGCAAUAUUGUGCAGAGAGUGCAAGUGGACCUGACGCGCACGUUGCAAACAUGUAGUGAUUGUAAUUUUGCUGUCACUUCAAUUCAGAGUUCGCUUAAUUUGCUACAUGCUAUAGCCUCCCAAGCUCAUGUGGCGACAGAACAAUGGGAUCCGCUACUCAGUUCCUACAGUGCAUGUUCAAGUCUUCUUGUAAAAGAAAAUUCAACUGUAAACAGUCACAAUUUCCUGCCGAGCCAAGAAGAGCGGAUUAUUCUGAUGCGAAAGCUGAAAUCAGCAGCUUGUCAAUUUCUGCUCAUUGCUGCAGUUUUUGAUACGUUGGUCAAGGUCCUUACUUGCUGUCGAGACGAAGAACAUGCCCUUCGAGCCCAGGCACUGGACACUCUGUGUCUGCUGACACGGUCCAUGGGCUUUUCACAGUUGCUUGACGCAUUGACGCGAGCUGGAGGUCGACAACUUGAAGUAGUACUGCAGUGUUUGAAAGAUCCUAAUGUAGUGGUGGCACAAGCUACAGCGAAUUUGUUUUACGAGCUAACGAGCCAUGCAGAUGUCCGACACGGGUUUACGAUUGCAGGUGCUGUGCAGUGUCUCAUCCAAUGGUGUCAACCCACUUUCGAAGCAUGUGAGUCUCGUAUGGCCUAUAUAAUGGGACUUAUCGGGUGCACAUUAUUAGCUCGGCAAACAAAACCAACCACAGCACUGGCAACCUUAAGCACCUUUGAAGAACGGAUCGACGCACUUUAUAAUCUUCUACUGGACCUAGCCAUGCAAGAUAAGACCUCCAUGAAAAGGUCUGCAUCCUUUCUAUUAUCCGUUAAUGUGUUGCUGAUAAUGUUAAAAUUCAUCACUCAAGUGUCACCAAGUUGUUUGGGGUCAUCGAUACAAAAUUCUCGUCAGCGUAACAUCAGCUGUAUCUUUCUCGGUCGUCUCUUUACAGUAACUCCAGUCGCUCAAGCGUGCUUUAGUGAAGAUAUCGUCAAUUAUCUUGCACUUUCGAUCCAAUGCAAUCGCCUGGAUAGAGUCGAAGGUUUUGUGGCUCAAAGCUCAUCGAACGAUUACUUGAUCCAUGAACUUGGAUCGCUAGAAGCAUGCAAGGCUUUGAGCCGACUAGCGCGAUGUCCGAGCAAGUUGUUAGAAGCACGACUUCAACCGUCUAGCACUUCCUUUCAGGUACCUGAGUUGCCACAAGCUUUGAUCUGCGAGGUCAUUUUUCGAUUGCAUGUACUAGAAGACUUGAUUGCGUUUAUUCGACCUUCAAAUGACGCAGGAAGCAUUGCACAUGUACAAUGUCGUAAAGUUGUUGCUGCUGUGGAACUCAUGGGAUAUCUCCGACCGUUGCCAUAUGGUGAACGAGCUCGUGAAAAGUUUCUCAAGUUUUACGAAACCCAUCCGGAUGGAAAAUACGCCCAGGCUAAACUGGAACAACUCGUUAAGCUGGUUUGUCCAGCCAUUUUGCGGAUACUACGCGACAGAUAUGCCGACAUUCACCUUGUUAGUGCGUGUUGCGUAGCUCUGAGUCGGUUAGCGUGCACAAACUCAGCAUGCCAUAUGAUGCUUAUGCAAGGAUGUUUGCAGAUAGCUUUGAUUCACUUACCUGACAAUCCCAUUUCGAUUGGACCACCAGCAUCUUCGCCGAAAACGUUUGGACCAAAGUCGGAGGUAUCGCAUGACAAUCACGAACUCCUUGACGUACCAGCUUCACUGUAUUCGCUUUUUGGCAAGCUCUGUUCAGUUGCAAAGGGGCGCAGUGGGAUCAUGCGUGCUCAGGUGUUACCUCAUUUGCUCAAGCGAUUGCAGAUGGAGCACCCGAUUUUACAAAAGUGUGACGACGAAUGCAAAAGCGAAAUUGCGGUCGUCAUUUCUCGGCUUGCGGUGGUUAAUGCUGUUGAAGGGAGUGCAGGAGAGCUUUUUGUACAUUUUCGAGUGUUAGACUUGCUAGCAAAAAUACUUCAGCAACAUCAAAGUCUUCGACUUACUCUGGACUUUUCAUCGAAACAAAACAACGAUGAUGUGACGAAAUGGAGGCUUCUGGUAAAUUCUAUCGGUGCUAUUGCAGCUCUUAGUCAAAAUGUUCUUGUCUGUGUUCCCCGCGUGGUGGCACUUGAUAUCGUCGCUUUGCUGUUUCCAUACCUUGCCAUUAAGUGCUCACUGAAUGUCAACCUUGAGUCACUGCAGUACGACGCAGUGACUAUAAUUCGAUCAAUUGCGUCGUAUCCCCAUGGGCGAUUUCAUAGCUAUCUUUCGAGCGUAAGAGGAACCUAUUUUGAUGAAAAGUUAGUGGACAAGACCAAGCAACCGUCCGACACUGAUGAUGAAGUACCAUCAACAGUGUUAAUGGAUAGAAUCAAACAGAUUGCAUUUGAUUACAAAUUGGAGCUGGAAAACAAAAUUAUGACGUUGCGGGACAAGACAUCGGUCGGGGAACUUGCUCGAGAUACCUUGGCUUAUAUUAAUGAGCAUCAGCAGCGACUAUAUGCAGAGCAGCGUCAAGAACAUUGUUCCAAAUCAAACGUUGCAGAUAAAUUUAGUGCAGCACUGACGUCGUGCCCAAGUUCGAAAUACUACAAGCUUCAUGCUUCAAUGCCCAGCGUGCCAAAAUCUUCAGAUGCAUAUUUGGAUGAGGUCAAGACCUGGAAAGCGGCUAGAGGAGCUGGUUCAGCUACUUCUGGCUAUUCAAUAAAUGCACCCUCUGUUUUUGUGCUUGAGAAAGGAUGUAAAUCACCUGUGAAUUCGAACGGAGUGAAUAUUGCAAUGACACGACCACCAGGAAACAUGAAAUCGUUGCCUUUACCUAGAUCUCCCCACAAUAUUAUGACUAGGUCAAUGUUAAACACUAAAAAGCGAGACAAGAAUUUUGCUCACUGCUUAAUGCUAGAUCCGCUUUUCAACACGCCAUAG